AUGGCCAGAACGAAACAAACUGCUCGCAAAUCCACCGGAGGCAAGGCUCCGAGGAAGCAGCUCGCCACCAAGGCUGCGCGUAAAAGCGCACCUGCGACUGGUGGCGUGAAGAAGCCUCAUCGUUACAGGCCUGGCACCGUGGCCCUGAGAGAGAUCCGUCGUUACCAGAAAUCCACUGAGCUGCUGAUCCGCAAGCUGCCCUUCCAGCGUCUGGUUAGAGAAAUCGCUCAAGAUUUCAAGACCGAUCUGCGUUUCCAGAGCUCUGCUGUCAUGGCUCUUCAGGAGGCUAGCGAGGCUUACCUCGUCGGUCUGUUCGAGGACACUAACUUGUGUGCCAUUCACGCUAAGAGAGUUACUAUUAUGCCCAAGGACAUCCAGCUGGCUCGUCGUAUCCGUGGGGAGCGUGCUUAA